AAUUUUGAAAAUAAUUUAGUAGCAUUAACGUUUAAAUUAGGUUUAUUAGUCACAAAGAAUAAAUAAAGCAAAUAGGAUAGAAUUUAGCUAGAUUUUUAUUAUUUAGUAAAUAUUGAACUUAAAAUGAGAAACUAAUCGAAGUCACAUGAAUUUGAUUUCCAUAUCAAUUCGAAUUAUAAAUUAUUACAUUUUUAUAUUAGCCAAUUGCCCAAUUUGCUACUGCUGGAAAUCUUUUCUGCAAUCAUGUAUAUUUAUUACAGCGAGAAAUUUAUAAUUUCUUUUUACUGUUUACCCAUAGUCUUAACAUACCUUUUCAUGAUUUAUAAAUUUGCUUGGGGAGGUGAUUGGAGGUGUUUAUCUCGUAAAUUUUUGCUCUCAAUGAUAGGAGUUUUUAUUUGUGCUCCUAUUUUUUUUUCAAUUUACUUUUUUGUAUGGGAACCAACUCUUUCACUUGUUUGGUAUAAAUCUGAUAAUUGCAAACCCUUAGGAUAGAGAGUGACUUAAUUAGGAAAUUUAGAAAGAUAUGGAUUGUAAUACGUAUAAAUUACAUCUGAUUUAAUAGGUUUAUCAUGUGUCACAAGUCGCUAAUCAAAUGGAAAUUAAUUGAAGAGUUAUGAUUUUUAUGAAAAAGGAGAAUUUUACACAUGUGAUACUAAUUAUGAUUCUACAAACAGAACUCAUAUUAUAAACUAAUCAUAUUACAAUAUUUCUUCAAGAUUUCUAGAACAAUCAUUUGAAUAAUUAUCUUAUAGGAUAAAUGAAAAUAAUUUUUAAAUUGACUCAGAUAGCUAUCAAAAUUUAGGUUAGGAAAAUAAGAAACAUACAUUCGAAAUAUAAAAAUAAGAAUAAAUUUAUUCGAAUUUGAACUAUUUACCAUAACUAGGCUAAUAGGAUAGUCUAGAAUAAGAUAAAAUAAACUAAAAUAUUAGGCAUUUAAAUGGUUAGCAUGCGAAUGAUAAUUAACAAAAGCAAGACUCCUUCCAAAAAAAUUAAGGAAUAAAAAAAUGCAGAAUUUAAUACAGCUUUUCAUAGGUAAAAAUUCCAAGUUGGAUAUGCUAAUCGAGCUAGGAAAAUAAAAUUUUAAUAGAAAAGCUAUCUUAGAAAGAAGAUUAUGGCCAAUCGUGUUAUUAUGCUUAUUAUGGAUCAAAAGAGUUGGCAAGGAUCAAUGCUAGAAGUAUAACAAAAGACCAAAUGAAAGAAAAGCAUUUUUUAAUUGUGAAAUUCUAAGAGGAUAGUUAUUAUUUUAAGGAAGGAUUUAUAGCGUUAAUAAUAUUUGCAAUGAUACCAACUAUGCUUUUUUCUUUGUAAUCGCUUUUUAGUUUUAUAGUGUAUGAAGGAUUACUAUUUAUACUCUAAGAUUCAAUUGAGGCUGAGAAUGAAGAAUUUAAAAGAAAGACAGGAGCUCAAGAUAUCCAUAGUUAAAAGUAAGCAGAAGGAGAUUAAGGUUCAUCAUAAACUGAUAGAUAAUAGCAAAGACUUGAGCCCAACUAAAUCGUUUAGAUUUUAUCUCCUAACUCUCAAUUAAAGGAUAGAGACUUUUAUGAUAUCUAUAACAAUACUAGGAGGAAGCAAAUAACUUAAGUAAUAAAUCCCACAGUGAAUGUAAAUACUGAAGAUCCUAUAAAUAUUACUAAGUUUAAUGGAGAUACUACAAAAUCAGUAAUGAUAAAGAAAAGUCCUCAGUAAAAAAACCAAGCACAGUCAAUAGAUGAAUUGGAUGAUCAUAAAAGGGAUAUUUUAAAUGGACCAAGAAAUAUCACUGAAAAGUUUAUGCAGGAUACCACAAGCUCAUCGGAAGAAGAGGCAAACGAUAACAACUGUAGUUACAUAAAAAUAAGAAACAUCUAUAAAAAGAAGCUCAACCCAAAAUACUAAAAAGAAAUAUAGUAAAAGAAAAAAGAAGGUGUAUCUGUAGAAAAUGAAGAAAUUAAAGUAAUUUAGGAAAUAAAAGAGCAACAAAAGUAAGUACAAGAAAAGCUCUAGGAAAAGAAAAACAAAAAGAAGAAAAAAAAAUUGAGUCCUACCCUAGACGAAACCAUUAAUUGUUAAAAUGACCUGCACAAUAUUCUUGAUGUUUCUUCUUUGGCUCCUCAGAAUUAAAAUAAUGUAAAUAAAGAUGAAGAUAAAAAUAAUCCAACCAAAAAAAAUGAUUAAGCAACAUUUGAAGAGCUGAAAGAUUCAGAAAAUGAGUAGAUGGAAGUCUAAGAAAAAUAAUAAAAUAACCCAAAUGAAGAAAAUCAUAAUUAAUAAAAAGAGUAAGAAGAUGCCAAACAAAUAUAAUAAAUAGAAGAGGCUUAUUAAUUUUAUGAUUAAUAAGCUGAUAAUCCAGAGAGAUUAGAAACCCCACCUCAAGAUGUAGAAUUAAUAUAAUGA